GCGGAACCACUUCCGGGGGAGCGGCCGGGCGGUGCGGGAGGAAUUGAAGACCCAGAAACACUGGCAGGAAGGCUGGGAAGUCAAGCGCAGGGGUGCAGAGAAAACUAGAAGUUGGCUCUGGAGAGUGGUGACUCAGAGGAGACCACAGGCAGCAGGUGGCCGAGGCCAUGGCCUCCGACCUGGACUUCUCACCUCCCGAGGUGCCUGAGCCUACUUUCCUGGAGAACCUGCUGCGGUACGGACUCUUCCUGGGGGCCAUGUUCCAGCUCAUCUGUGUGCUGGCCAUCAUCCUACCUGUUCCCAAGUCCCACGAGGUGGAGGCAGAGCCCUCUGAGCCCAGAAGUGUGGAGGUGACGAGGAAACCCAAGGCUGUUGCUCUUUCUGCCAGCAAGAGGCCCAAGAAGGAGGCCAAGAAGAAGCGGUAGAAGAGGCCUGCAGAGCCAGGCGGCCGGGCGGGGGCCUUUGGGGGCAACGUCCUGUUCCCUCAGUCGUCCCAGGGUCAGGGCUGAAGUGGCUGGGCCGCUCUCUGACCACAGAGAUCUGGACAAUCAUGACAGUCCCCAGGCCCCAGCUGGGCAGCCCACCACUUCCUCUUCCUUCUGCUUCCGGGACCGUGCGGAGCCAAGGGGACUAAGACACCCUGUGUGCAGAGGCUGGGUAAGAAGUCUGUUGGUUCAGAAGUUGGGUCAGCUCAGAAUGACAUUUCCAUACUUCAUCAUUGUGUCUGGCCUUCAGGCCCCCACUUGUGGAUUCACACUACAUUUUAGGGCGCCUGAGUGGCUCAGUUGAUUAAGCGUCUGCCUUCGGCUCAGAUCAUGUCGCAGGGUCCUGGGAUCGAGUCCUGCAUCGGGCUCCUUGCUUGGUAGGGAGCCUGCUUCUCCCUCUCCCUCUGCCUACAACUCUGCCUACUUGUGAUCUCUCUCUGUGUCAAAUAAAUAAAUACAAUCUUUAAAGAAGAAAAAAAUGAUUCACACUACAUGUUAGAGUCGUGAUCUCAGGCUGACGAGCACCGCAGAUCUGCUCUCAGCCUCCUUUGUCCCUGCUGUACGGAUGGAGCCAGGCCAGGCCUGCCCUGUGUGUUUAGGGCAAGACGCCAUGGCCACUGUGCUGUAGGUGGUCCCUCAGGCACAACGGCCAGGCCUGACGCUGACGGGAGAGCCUGCGGGAAAGCCGGCCAGGGUUAUGCCUGCUUCUCCCGUGGCAGAUAGAAGGGAUUUGGCUGUAUGAGUGCAUGUUCUUGGGCCCAGACUUUCUUAGCCUCUGAAAUGGGGGGCUUCUCCAUCUCAGACCGACCACUUUUCAGCCCACCAUGACACAUUCAGCCUUUUGGCUUCCGUCCGUACACCUCCCCUCUCCCCACCAGUUCCUUCAGCCCUAAAACAGUGAGGAAAAGUUCAUCUGGGCAAGUAAAUGUCAAUAAACUGCCUCAC